ACCAUCACCAAAGACCGGCGAGCAGAUCGUGGCCUUGCCGACUCUGAGGCUAGCGCCCAGCGAGAAUCGAAACCCCUCCUUUCUUUUGUUCGAUCUCGCGUCUUUGUGGUCCGCCUGCGUCAUGGCAGGAGGACUAGAGGUAUAUAACAUGGGACGCCCACUAGAAAGAAAUGACCAUAGGCAACAUACAACGGCAACACUGUGUCAACAUCUGACUGUACACACUACAACCCCAACGCAACCCGAGUGUUAUCGUCGCAACUCACCAGCGCAAUGGGUGGCCCAUACCCUUCGAAAACAGCCGGGAUAGGUGGCAUCCCGACAGUCACCACAGACAUUCCAGCGGACGCUGUCUUCAUCCUCGUAUAUGUUUGCUUCGCGACUACGAAUAUGACCAUCUUUCAACUCAAUCGCCGCAAAAACCACAAGUUUAUCCCCUCUGCGCUUCUGUUCGGCUUCUGUAUGGCCAGAAUAGUCACGCUGUGCCUGCGGAUCGCGUGGGCAACGUCACCGCAUGAUGUUCAACUGGCAAUUGCUGCACAAAUCUUUGUGAAUGCAGGCAUCCUAAUAGUCUAUAUCAUCAACUUGAUCCUUGCGCAACGCAUACUACGAGCCUCUCAGCCACGAAUUGGGUGGAAUCCGAUCUUGCGAGCCGCUUACAAGUUCCUGUACAUCGGCAUUUUUGGGGCACUCGUCAUGGUCAUUACCUCCGUUGUCCUCUCGGUCUACACGCUCAACCCGCACACCAGAUCGACUUGUCGAGAUAUCCAGCUGGCUGCGAUCACUUAUCUCCUUGUCUUCACCUGUCUUCCUGUCGUUCAUACCGCGUUAGCGGUCCUUUUACCGAGGUCACAAGAUGCAGAGAAUUUCGGCGAAGGCGGUAUGAAGAGCAAGUUGAUCAUUGUUACCUCUUCAGGAUGUUUGUGCAUGUUGAUAGCAGGAUUCAAGGCUGGCAUAACCUGGGAGCCUCCGCGACCAGUCACAAAUCCCCCCUGGUACGAUUCCAAGGCCUGCUUCUACGUCUUCAAUUUCACGCUCGAGAUCAUCCUGCUCUGUAUCUUGACGUUUACCCGAAUCGACAAGCGGUUCUUUAUCCCAAAUGGAUCGACAAAGGCCGGGGAUUACAGUCGACUCUCGGAAGAAAGCGAGCAGAAGACAGAGCAUGCCAUGUGGUACACUUCGUCACAGGAUCCCGAGAAGGUCUGACGCAUAUAACGAAGGAUUCAAGGGUGCAAUGUGGAGGCUUUCAUGGCAUGGGUGAAACAGAUUGGGCGUUGCUGCACAUCUUGUAUCAAAAAUGAUUGCUAAUAGAGAUCGGUUAUUCAUGCACGAAAAGCGAGGCGGGUGCUGUCUGCUGUAUACAGUCACUAGACAUAGAUUGAAUCCCUCCUGAAAAGCGG